CCCGUCACAAGAAAGCGAGGAGUCGUCGAGGACGCACAUCGAAUUACGCCCAGCGAAACUUCCGUCGCCCGCGCGAUAUCUUUCUCCUCUUCUUCCGGUCCCCACCGUCGAUCGAGACCGGAAGGGGUAAAAAAAAAAAAAUCAAGCAUAUAAAUCAGAUUCGAUCAAAUAGGGAGAGCAAAACCCUAAUUAUUCUCUAUCGCCGCUCUCCACUGGAUCGAAUUCGGGAGCGUGAUGCACUCCAAAUCGAAGAUUUCGGGGAUGCUUCCCAAGAGCUUUAAGGCGGGGAAGUGCAAGACGUCGCUGAAGCUUGCGUUGGCUCGAAUAAAGCUGUUGAAGAACAAGAGAGAGGUUUUGUUGAAGCAGAUGAAGCGGGAUUUGGCCCAGCUUCUGGAGUCCGGCCAGGAACAGACCGCUCGAAUCCGGGUUGAACAUGUGAUCAGGGAAGAGAAGACAAUGUCGGCAUAUGAUCUCAUUGAGAUAUACUGUGAACUUAUUGUGGCACGUUUGUCAAUAAUUGAGUCACAGAAGAUCUGCCCCAUAGAUCUUAAAGAGGCUAUAGCUAGCAUUGUUUUUGCAUCCCCAAGAUGUGCAGACAUACCAGAACUUAUGGAAAUUCGCAAGCAUUUUUUAGCAAAAUAUGGGAAAGAGUUCAUUACUGCAGCUCUUGAAGUUCGACCAGAAUGUGGUGUUAGCCGUAUGGUGGUUGAGAAAUUGUCAGCAAGGGCACCUGAUGUUGAGACAAAGGUCAAGACCUUGACUGCAAUUGCCCAAGAACAUAAUGUCAAAUGGGAUCCAGAAGCAUUUCAGGAGCAGAUUAAGAAGCCUGAUGAUGAUCUGCUGAAUGGCCCUACAUCUUUUACCAGUGCCAGCAAGAUGACAAUGCAAUCGUCUCGUGUCACAGACCAAGUGAAUGUAUCAAUUAGGGAAAUGCCUGAGAAUGUUGUGACCAGCAAACCAAACAACUUCAAUACAUUGUCUCAUGAAAGCAUCAGCACUUCUAGCAGUUCAGUACCUAUUGCUCCUCAAUCUACUCCAAAAACUUCAGAAAAUAGAUCUGGAGGGGAAGGAUUGAAGUUUUCAUAUUCUAAGGAAGAUGAUGCUUUAAGUCAGUCAAAUUGGAAUAUGGAAUUUAGGGAUGCAACUUCUGCUGCCCAGGCAGCUGCAGAAUCUGCAGAAAGGGCUAGCAUAGCUGCUAGAGCUGCUGCUGAACUUGCAAGCCGCGGCAAUGUUUCUAGGCCAAAUUCUUCUGGGUCACAAGAAUCAACUGUCCAGGGUAUCAGAGCUGUGCCUGGCACUUCAAAAGGCUCAAGGCCAGAAGGUGAACACCCUGUUAGGGGGUCUGUCAGGAUGGAGGAGAACAAAGGGAAAAGCUUCCAAGGAAUGAAAUCCGAGAUGCAUAAACCCCAUGUAGUAGAAGCUAGCACUAUGAGGGACAGCGAAUAUGAUGGCCAUGGAACUGUUGGCAAUAUAUCACUGAGUAGAUCUCCAUCUCAUUCAAGCACCUCUUCAAUCAAUGAUGAUGUUUCAGAGUUCAAUAUUCAAAAAGCUGAUUCAGAGGCAUACAAUUAUACUCAAAAAUGGUUCUCAGAAGCAGAAUAUGCGGUGCAGCAUCAGAACAAUGAGAAAGUCGAGCUUGCUGAUCUGGGUUCAGGAAAUGUAAAUGAAAGCAAAUCAGCCCCUUUUCAGCUUUCUAAUGCACUUGAUGGUUAUACCAUCUGGGAUAAUCCUGAGAGGAAUACUACAAUAGGUGACUAUGGCACUGCAGUCUUUGAUGACUAUGGUUCUGAUACUGAUGGUCAUUCAACACUAGGGAGGGGGGACAGAGGAAACUUGUUGGAUUCAUUUAUUCCGCAACAGUCUUCUAGUUUUUCAUCGAAUAUGGAACCUUGGAGUCCUAGGCAGCAAAAAGGUAAAUCCCUGGUUACUGAUGCUAGAACACCUUUUGUGACAGAACCCCAUGCCACAGAGUAUUCGGAAACAAUCACUAAAGGUACUCUUCCAUCACAGUCUGAUAACAUACCUCCAGCUUAUGAUUCGGAUGGCCUCAGCUCCGAGGAUCAUUACGAGAUAGACCAGUCCACAAAAGGCUCACCACCGACAGGAUCUACACACGAAACAACUUACUUUGAGGGGAAGAAAGGUGUUGAAGGAGCUAAAACAAAUUCUCCUUCAUCUUACUGUGAUAUUAAUGAGGAAACCCAUGAAGCAGAACCAAUCUCUUCUAAUAGAUACAGGAAAAGUUCUGGUUUUAGUGGGCAUGGUAACCAGCCAUCUCCAAGAUAUGAUAAGAGGAACCCUGAUGAUUCCAUGAUAGGGUCAGAUAUCAGCCUAAGAGAAAAAGAGCCAUGGUCUUGGCGAUCACCAAGAGUUUCAUCAAUGGAUGAGGUUGAAACUAUGGAGAAGAUUGGAAUGCCCUCAUCGCCUCCUGGUAUUAAAGAUUAUGAAAUUUCAGAUGACAGCUAUGAAAGUGGGCAAGGCUUGAACCUGGGAAGGUUGACUGGUGGAUUUAAAAACAAAAGUCACCAUCGUCCACCUUAUGUAAGGACCCCCUUGGUUGGUGCUUCACUCCCAUCAAAGCAAGCCUCAGAUGAUUCUCCUUCCAUCAUUGAGAAACCUGUUGUCUCUGACGUGGAUGAUUCCCUUGCUAGCACUGAGGUCGCAGUUCAGAGGCGACACAGGAAAGAUUACAAAGUAUCAAGCUUAAGGUCCCCAGGAACAAAUUUCAAUCCAGGUAGUAAUGAACAGGAACAUUAUACUGUCAGAAGUGGACAUCGCAAGGAUACUUCUUUCACACAACCAGAAGGCCAAGACAUUUCCCCCAUUACGGAGAAAUCGACUGUUUCCCCUGCAGGCAAGACAAUGUCAAGUUUUGAAAUUCCCAAGCAGGACUCAGGUAUGCCAAUGAACUACUUUGACUUGGACAAUAAUGAUGAAGAAGAUCUUAAGUCACGCUAUGCUGUUGGAAAAAGAGGCAAUAUAGAUGCAAAGCUUUCUCGCCGGACGAGAGAUAUACCAUCAGUGGGCAAACAAGGUAGUCUUUCAAGAACUAUUAAUCGAUCUGAAAUGACAGCUGUCUCCGAUAUGGAAGAUAAGGCCUCUCCAUCAAGUACUUAUGCAACUGAGUCUUUUUCCAACAAAAGAACCCAUGCCAGAAACUUAGAUUGGAAGGAGAGUUCCAAGUCUCUGCAACCAAAUUCAUCAGCUGAGCAAUCUUUGGUGACACCUUUGAAGACUGAAUCCUCAACAUCCAAGGGAAAUCCAGAGUCAUCACGUCGUGAUUCAACACAAUCUCUCGUUCCAGAUAAUGGUGCAAACUCAAAGACAUCAAGUUCAAGCAGGGAAUCAAGUUCUCAUGGAAGCUCACGUAAAAAUGCUUCUCAUGUACACCCAAAACUUCCCGACUAUGAUUCUAUUAUGGCUCAUUUUCAGUCGCUUCGAUCAAAUCGAGCCUAACUGCUGGUAUUACUUCUUUUUUCCUUUUGUUGUGCAUUAUAUGGGGCUUGUGGCAAUAAAUAGGCGAUUUAUCUUAUAAUUUUAAAUUCACGGGUAUGUUUCUAGUUGCAUAGCCAAUGUAAGUUUGUAUAUUUUUUCAGGAAUCAUUAGUUAUCCACUUGUGAUUUUAGCAAUAAAAAAAAUGUUAUAUGAGGCCAGCUUCU